AUGUCAUCUGAAAGCCCACAGGAUCAACCACAGAAGGAGCAAAUCAGCAAUAACGUCGGCGUUACCACCAAUAGUACAAGCAAUGAGGAAACAAGCCGCUCUCAAGAUGAUAAUGUCAAGGAAGUCAAUGGAAAUGAUGAUACUAAAGAAGAGGAACAAGAAGAAGACGCAGAACUAGAUGAUUUAUUUGGAGAUGACAAUGAUGACGAUGAUGAUGAUGAUGUUAAAAAAUCGGAGACUGAAAAAAGUGAUAGUGAUAGUGAUGAAGACGACGAGGGAGAGAAUAUCAACCAUAGAAGUCGUCAUAGAGAAAGUCUCGGGUUAGAUGAUGAUGAAGCAGAGGAGCAAGCCAUGUACACCCGAAAAUUUUAUGGUGAGGAUGCUAAUAACUUUUCUGAUCAAGAUGAGACUACUCACACUUUUAAAGAGGAAAAUGUAGAGCUUGUCAGACAUAUUAUUCCAAGUAAAGCUAAUGUGAAUGAAACGGCGUCUCACAACGAAAUUUUCUAUGCUAGAAUUCCCAACUUUUUAACUAUCGAUCCAAUUCCUUUCGACCCUCCAAGUUUUGAGGCCAAAGUAAACGAAAGGGCAAGCAAUUCAGCUUCUAGGGAGGAUCAACUGGACGACCGCCUGAUUGAUGAAAACACUGUUAGAUGGAGAUACUCUCGUGACAAAGACCAACAUGUCUUUAAAGAAUCAAAUACACAAAUAGUGCAGUGGUCAGACGGUACAUAUUCGCUAAAAGUUGGUGAAGAGUGUACAGAUAUAUUGGUCAACGAUACGAGCAACACUUUUUUGACAGUAUCGCAUGACCAACAAGAGUUGAUCCAGUGUUACGAAGGGGGUGAAAUAAAAAAGACGUUGAUGUUUAUUCCAACUUCGACGAAUUCAAAAAUACAUCAAAAACUAAGUAAAGCUGUUAUAAGAAGGAACCAAAGACAAAGCAAGGGUCCUGGAACAUACAUUGUAAGUAUGGAUCCUGAAGUGGAAAAGAAGGAGUUAGAGAGAAAGCAAAGCCAGAUUUUAAGAGACAGAAGGAGAAGACAGCUCAAAGAAAAGGAGAAACAAGAAUCCCCAGAUGCCGCUUUUGAGACGGGAUUUAGAAAGCAAAAUUCACCCACUACCUAUGGAGCCUCGAGAAGAAAUGAAUAUGAAGAAGAUGACUUUUUAGUCGACGACGAUGAGGAAGAGGAGGCUGCGUUUGACGACGAAGAGGAUGAUAAUGAGGAAGAAGAAGAAGAAGAGGACGCGGAUGAAGAGAACGCCUCUCGUCUAAGAAAUUUAAAAAGAGAAGGAGCAGCAAUGUACAGAGAAGAGGAAGAAGAAGAAAAAGAUAGGAGCGAGACAAAAAGAAGAAGGGUUGCGGUCAUCGAGGACGACGAAGACGAGGAUUAG